ACAAUAUAAUAUGGUUUAGUUUGGUUUCUUCUUCAUUGGCUAUUGGUUUGUUUUUGGUUCUGGAUGCACAGCACAUUCUCCAUUCUGCAUCUGAACACAUUCAUUCAUUGAUUUGAAUCUAACGUGGAACCAACAAAAACAAACCAAGUAGCUUCCUCCUUCUCUUUCAUCAUUCGCAUACUCAGAUCCGCAAUCUUAUUCGUUUGGAUCCAAAAUGGCGACCAUGACGAGCUUGAUCGGUCUUAUCAAUAAGAUCCAGCGGGCCUGCACGGUGCUCGGAGAUCACGGCGGCGAGGGCAUGUCCCUCUGGGAGGCUCUUCCCUCCGUCGCCGUCGUCGGAGGACAGAGUUCAGGGAAAUCCUCAGUGUUGGAAAGCGUGGUCGGUAGAGAUUUCCUACCUCGCGGAUCUGGUAUUGUUACGCGGAGACCGCUGGUGCUGCAACUUCAUAAGACAGAGGAUGGCCAGGAAUACGCCGAGUUUCUUCACUUACCGCGAAAGAGAUUCACUGACUUCGCUGCUGUGAGGAAGGAAAUUUCAGAUGAAACAGAUCGCAUAACCGGGAAGACGAAACAAAUUUCUAACAUUCCAAUUCAACUCAGCAUUUAUUCGCCACAUGUUGUAAACUUAACCCUUAUAGAUCUUCCUGGGUUGACAAAGGUUGCAGUAGAGGGACAACCAGACACUAUUGUUCAAGAUAUUGAAAACAUGGUCCGUUCGUAUGUUGAGAAGCCAAAUUGCAUUAUCUUGGCUAUCUCUCCUGCAAAUCAAGAUAUUGCCACUUCAGAUGCUAUAAAAAUUGCUAGAGAAGUUGAUCCAUCAGGUGAACGGACAUUUGGAGUGGUUACCAAACUUGAUCUUAUGGAUAAAGGAACUAAUGCCGUUGAUGUCCUUGAGGGAAGGCAAUACAGACUGCAGCAUCCAUGGGUUGGAAUUGUGAACCGUUCACAAGCGGAUAUUAAUAGAAAUGUUGACAUGAUUGCUGCUCGUAGGAAGGAGCGUGAGUAUUUUGAGACAAGUCCUGAAUAUGGACAUUUGGCACAUAAAAUGGGCUCAGAGUAUCUAGCUAAGCUUCUAUCUCAGCAUUUGGAGCAAGUUAUCAGACAGAAGAUCCCCAGUAUCAUUGCCUUAAUAAAUAAGACGAUAGACGAGCUUAAUGCAGAGUUGGAUCGUAUAGGCAGACCCAUUGCUGUGGACUCAGGGGCCCAACUAUACACUAUUUUAGAGAUGUGUCGUGCGUUUGACAAAGUAUUUAAGGAACACCUGGACGGAGGACGUCCUGGUGGAGACCGGAUAUAUGGAGUUUUUGAUAAUCAAUUACCAGCUGCUUUAAAAAAACUUCCAUUCGAUCGUCAUCUCGCCUUGAAAAAUGUCCAGAGAGUUGUCACUGAAGCUGAUGGGUAUCAGCCCCAUCUGAUUGCCCCAGAGCAGGGUUAUAGAAGACUCAUUGAAGGGUCUAUUGGCUAUUUCAAAGGCCCAGCUGAAGCCUCUGUGGAUGCCGUACACUUCGUUUUGAAGGAACUUGUACGGAAGUCAAUUUCUGAAACUGAGGAAUUAAAAAGAUUUCCGACACUUGCAAAUGAUAUAGCAACUGCUGCAAACGAAGCUUUGGAAAGAUUUCGCGAAGAAAGCAGGAAGACAGUUAUACGAUUGGUUGAUAUGGAGUCUAGCUAUCUAACAGUAGAAUUUUUCAGGAAGAUUCAUCUAGAAGGAGAAAGGGGUCCAAAUGCGCCAAAUUCAAAUCGUAAUGAUAAGAAUGAUCGGAGUGAACGUAAUGCUCCCAAUCCCGCAAUGGACAAUCCUGACUAUCACCUCCGGAAGAUUGGAUCAAAUGUUAAUGCCUAUAUCAACAUGGUUUGCGAUUCACUUAAGAAUUCUAUACCAAAGGCCGUGGUAUAUUGUCAAGUUAGAGAGGCCAAGAGAUCAUUGCUUAACUACUUUUAUGUUCAAGUUGGGAAGAAGGAGAAAGAGAAAUUGGGCGCCAUGUUGGAUGAAGAUCCAGCUCUGAUGGAAAAGAGAAAUCAACUUGCUAAAAGGCUUGAAUUGUACAAGCAAGCUAGGGAUGACAUUGAUUCCGUGGCCUGGAAAUCAUGAAGAUCUUAAUUUUUUAUUUGUAUU